CAUCAUGUAAGGUGAUUUGAGAAUUAAUUUAGAUUUUUAAGAAUAAGAAUCUUUUUAUUCAGAUGAUGACGAAGAAGAAGAAGGAAUUAAGAAUUAUCAAAUUGGUCGUUUUCAUCCAGUAUUUAUUGGUGAAGUAUUUCAUGGGAGAUAUGUGGUGAUUCAGAAAUUAGGUUAUGGAAAUUUUUCAACUGUAUGGUUGGCGAAAGAUUUUAAAAUGAAUAUUUUUGUGGCUCUAAAAAUAUAAAGGAGCGCACCUUAAUCACAGGAAGCAGCUUUGGAUGAAAUAGAAAUACUCUAAGCAAUUCAAAGAAAAUCUCGAAAUAUUAAUAUUGUGAAAUUAUUGAAUGUUUUUGUACAUAAGGGUUUAUUUGGAAAUCAUUAUGUGUUGAUUUUUGAAAUUCUUGGUUAAAACUUAUUAGAGCUAAUAAGAAAUUGCGAUAACGAUGGUUUGAACUUAGAUUAAUGCAAAUCUAUAAUUAAGUAAAUCCUGAUUGCAUUAGAUUUUCUGCAUAGAGAAUGUGGGAUUGUCCAUACUGAUCUGAAGCCAGAAAAUAUAUUAUUAUGUCUUACAACUGAACAAAUUAAAGAUAUUGUUGAGAAGGGUCAAAUUAAAUAGCGCCAGUACUUUUCAGAAUAGUUAAAUAAAUAUUAUAAGCAAUCUAAAUCAGAUAAAAAAAAAGAAAAAAGAAAAAGAUAAAAAGAAAAAAAAAAAUUAUAAUCAAUAAAAUAUAAGCUACAACAAAUUGAUUCUAAUAAAAGGUAUCGCAAAUUAAAAAUUACUAUUAGAAUCUUUUAAGUUAAAAUUGCUGAUUUUGGUAACGCUUGCUGGGUAAACCAUCAUAUGAGCGAAGUGAUUUAAACCUAGAAGUAUAGAGCUCCAGAAGUAAUAUUAGGAUAAUAUUAUGGAACAUCAGCUGACAUUUGGAGUCUUGCUUGCAUAGCAUUUGAAUUAGUAACUGGAGACAGUUUAUUUGAAACAGAAUUCGAAGAUUAUGACACCCAUUUAAUGUAGAUUCAAGAGAUAUUAGGUCCUUUUCCUAUUGAAUUUUCUUCAGUUGGAACGUAUUGUAGAUAAUAUUUUAAGUAUGAUGGAUAACUGAGAAAUGUUAAAGUGAAACACUAUUGUUCUUUAUAAUAGCUUUUGGUUAAAAAGUAAAAAUUUUCAAUUAAUGAGAUAUCAGAUGGAAAAUUAUGAAGCUGCUUAAUUUGCAGAUUUUUUAUAACCAAUGUUAAAUGUAUUUUCUUACAAAAGAUCAACCGCAUCUUAAAUGCUCAAACAUCCUUGGAUAAGUAAAUAAUAGUUUAAGUUUCAUUAUUUCUUCGAAAUGCCUAUUCUAGAUAAUGAACAUGAAGAUAAUUCAGAAAGUGAAAAUGAAAAUUUGGAUGGUGCUAGUUUUAAGUGA